UCCGCCAUGGCGCCGGCGCCGGAAGGGGCGGGCGACGCCCGCGGGCCUUCCCCGGCACCGGGGCCGCCACACCCACCAUGGUCAACUUGGGGCUGCGGCGGGUGGAAGACAGCGUGGCCGCCAAGCACCCGGCGCUGCAGCAGUACGCGGCCUGCCAGUCCCACGCCUUCAUGAAGGGUAUCGGCGCCUUCCUGGCAGGCAGCGGAGCCGCCUUCGCCGUACAGAAGCUGGUGAACAAGAAGCUGCCGUACAGCCUGCAGUGGAGCCUGCUGCUGGCCGGGGCAAGUGCCCUUGCUGCCAGCAUUCUCGGGAGUGUCUUGGCCUCUCCAGCUGCAGGGUCCCUUGCCAGUUAUGCGGUAACCAGAGCUGAGACGCAGAAAUGCUCCGACUUCUGGAUUUACCUGGAGACAGGCACGUCCCCACAGGAGCUCGCCGUGGCUAGCAGGGUGUCGCAGCCUGCAGAAAAUCUGCCCAGCUCAGAGGAUGGAGAGAGCACGGCACCACUGCUGAGGAGGAACAAGUAUGGGGACAUUGUGGAAUAGCCAGCAGAGCACAGCACACCAUGCCCGUGUCCUGCUUUAUCCCUUCCUGCCUGCCCAGCCUGCCUGUGAGACUGGUGGGCUCUGCGGCAGUGCCUGGGAGCUCGGAUGAGUCGAUCCUGCAGUGAGAGUGUGGUGGAGGCACUGUAGGGAUUGCUGCCUCCCAGGUGGCCUCUGAACGUCACACAUGGGGAGUACAAUAAAAGGCGAGAGCUGAAAGCGCA